CCACCCGGGCCUUCCAGGACGCCGUGGACCUGGGUGGGGGGUGGACAACGGGGACAGGGACGCCCCCUUCAGCAGGAGCCGUCGGGGGACGGGAUAGGGGGGACGGACCUGAGACAAGGCCAGCAGCCCCCCUGGAGCUAGGCGCAGGGUCUGCUAGCGCAGAGGGCCGGCAGGGCGCUGCAGAGAAGGCAGGCUGGGGCCCGGCCUCCUCCGGGGGUGACAGGCCCUGCCGCGGCCAGUAGGAACGGGGGGACCAGCAGGAAAGAGCCCGGACCUAGAGUAGAGGCGGCUGCCUCACCCCCUCGUCUGAGCCUGGAGGGAGCCCAGGGAUUGAGAGCACCGUUUUCCCCUUCCUAAGAAAGACACUUGCCAGAACACACCUAACCGGAGACAGCUCUGAGGGGAAGGGAUCUUGGAGCCUGGAACAUCCCCCCCCCACCCCCAGCCCCCAACACUCCUCUAACUGAGGCCUGCGGGCCUGAGAGGGGCCGGGAGGACAUAAAGGAGGCCGGACAGUCCUUGCUGCCCUCCCUGGGGUGAGAGGAAGCUCCCCUCCACCCCUGCCGCCAGCUCCCAGGCCCAGGAGGAGCUGGGUAGGGAAGAAGGGGGUCCUGGCCCCUCCGGCGGCAGCGGCCAUGUCACGGCCAGGCCAGGGAGUGAUGAUGCCGGUGAGCGGGCUGGGCUUCCCACCGCAGAACGUGGCCCGGGUGGUGGUGUGGGAGUGGCUGAAUGAGCACAGCCGCUGGCGGCCCUACACGGCCACUGUGUGCCACCACAUUGAGAACGUGCUCAAGGAGGAUGCCCGGGGCUCCGUGGUCCUGGGACAAGUGGACGCCCAGCUGGUGCCCUACAUCAUUGACCUUCAGUCCAUGCACCAGUUUCGCCAGGACACAGGCACCAUGCGGCCAGUGCGGCGCAACUUCUACGACCCGUCGUCGGCGCCGGGCAAGGGCAUCGUGUGGGAGUGGGAGAACGACGGCGGCGCGUGGACGGCCUACGACAUGGACAUCUGCAUCACCAUCCAGAACGCCUACGAGAAGCAGCACCCGUGGCUCGACCUCUCGUCGCUCGGCUUCUGCUACCUCAUCUACUUCAACAGCAUGUCGCAGAUGAACCGCCAGACGCGCCGGCGCCGCCGCCUGCGCCGCCGCCUGGACCUCGCCUACCCGCUCACCGUCGGCUCCAUCCCCAAAUCGCAGUCGUGGCCCCAGGAUUUCACUGAGGAAGGGAACCUGGAUCAUACCAACUUUGGAAAUGCCUGGGUUAAGGCACCCAUGCCCCAGGAUAUGGACCUAAUCAUUCCUCUCCAGCAUCCCAGUGCCCACAGGGAGGAGACCAGAGGAGGUUUGGGAGAGCAUUUUGGGGAAACACUGCAGAAGGGACUCACCCAUCUGGGAAUCACAAACGGGGUCCCUGCGCUCCCAGUGAAGAACUUGAAUGGUACAGGGCCAGUCCACCCGGCCCUGGCAGGGAUGACUGGGAUCCUGCUCUGCGCCGCGGGGCUGCCCGUCUGCCUGACCCGGGCCCCCAAGCCCAUCCUGCAUCCACCGCCGGUGAGCAAGAGCGACGUCAAGCCCGUGCCUGGCGUGCCCGGGGUGUGCCGCAAGACCAAGAAGAAGCACCUGAAGAAGAGUAAAAACCCUGAAGAUGUGGUUCGAAGGUACAUGCAGAAGGUGAAGAAUCCACCUGAUGAGGACUGCACCAUCUGCAUGGAGCGGCUGGUCACGGCCUCUGGCUACGAGGGCGUGCUUCGGCACAAGGGUGUGCGACCUGAGCUCGUGGGCCGCCUGGGCCGCUGUGGCCACAUGUACCACCUGCUGUGCCUCGUGGCCAUGUACUCCAAUGGCAACAAGGAUGGCAGCCUGCAGUGCCCCACCUGCAAGGCCAUCUAUGGGGAGAAGACGGGCACUCAGCCUCCCGGGAAGAUGGAGUUUCACCUCAUCCCUCACUCGCUGCCCGGUUUCGCUGACACCCAGACCAUCCGCAUCGUCUACGACAUCCCCACCGGCAUCCAGGGCCCUGAGCACCCCAACCCGGGCAAGAAGUUCACUGCAAGAGGCUUCCCACGCCACUGCUAUCUGCCCAACAACGAGAAGGGCCGGAAGGUGCUGAGGUUGCUCAUCACCGCCUGGGAACGGAGACUCAUCUUCACCAUAGGGACGUCCAACACCACAGGCGAGUCGGACACCGUGGUGUGGAAUGAGAUCCACCACAAGACCGAGUUUGGAUCCAACCUGACGGGCCAUGGCUACCCGGACGCUAGCUACCUAGACAACGUGCUGGCGGAGCUCACAGCCCAGGGUGUGUCUGAGGCUGUGGCUAAGGCCUGAGGCCCGAGGCUGCCCACCUUCCCUCCUGCUUUGCCCCUGGUCCGGCACAUGCCUCCCUCCGCCCGCCGGGUGUGUCCUGGCGGCCCAGGUUCAGGGCUGGGGAGGAGCCUGCAGGAGGAGCCAGGAGCGUUCCGGGGAUUUGGCUGGUAGCAGUUGGGAUGAUGGGAGGAUAGCAGGCCAGCCGGCUUCGACCCUAGCUCUUUGAGAGGGUCGCAAGGGUGUACCGGAAAACAUAGCAACCUCCCUACUAAAAAGACAGAGCCCCACCCCCUCACACAAACACACGUGUCUUGUUGAACACAUGCACGCACACCCACGUGCCUCUACUUACCCCCAGACUGAGGGGGAAGAGACAGAAAGACCCCUGUGAUACCCCAUGUGGAUUCCCAUCUGUGUCUCUAUCGCAUCUGCACAGGCUUGUCUGCGAGCAGGGGCUCAGGGCUAGCACCUGGGGGCCCGAUGGGGCUCCAGGAGAAAAGGGAGCACUUGGGAAGCUCAGUCUCCCCCCAUCUCUGCCACCCACUAAUGGCCCACGGGGUGGAAGCCCCCAGAUUAUUCAGCAGUUUUGCAAAAGGGCAGGCCAGGGAGACAGACUAGAAGAACCUUAUUUUGGGCUUAUGUCUCUUCAUCCUUCUGGGACCCUGACCUCCUCCCCUCCCAUCCCCAAGCCUUAUGUCUGUCCCUGAUAAAGGCACUGUUUUCCUUUCCUCCCCACCCCAUUCUCUCCACCAAAUCACUCCCAACAUCAAGAUCCAAAGGCUGGAGCUUCUGGCUUCAGGAGCGAGACGAGGAGGCCUGGCGUAGGCCAGCAGGUUUAAAAAGCAGUCCAGACAGCAAAGAGUCCAUUUCCCUUUCCUCGGGAGUGGGCAAUGGGGUGGCUGAUAGCCUCGGCCAACCAGGGGCCUGUUGCUCAGGCAACUCACCAGCUCCGCCUCUGUUGAUUGGCUGCCAUGGUGGAAGUCAGCCAAGAUUUAAAGGGACGCCAGCGAUUGCUCUUUUGAAAAUCUACCAGUCCCACUGUGGGUGGAGAAAUAAAUGGCCUUUCUCCUCCUCAA